AGAUGCGAAGUAGUGCUCCGUCGUGGCAUAUAAAAUCAGUUUCUACCCUGGCCCCCAUCCGUGCGGUCGUUAGUGACACACGAAAGCGAAAUGGAUUUGACGGAUGUUUGUGCCGCUGUUUCCGUGCAGGGAGCGCUCGAUCAAAUCCUCAAGGAAGGGCCCCACGAUCCGGCUCCCACCAACCUACUGGAUCUGGACCGAAUCGUGCUAAACUAUCGGCGCUGGUGCGAGCAGCAUGCCGGCCUGGUCCCGUACUACGCCCCGAGCGUCAACAAUUAUCCGACCGUGCUGGCGCUGAUGGCAAGACUGGGUUCGGGGUUUAGUUGUGCCUCGGAGGAGGAAAUGUGUACCGCCCUCUCGUUGGGCGUACCAGCGAAUCGCAUUCGGUUCGUGCAUCCGGUGAAAACCGUUGAAUCGAUCCUGUUCGCCAAACAUCACCACAUCCGGCGCCUCGUCGUUGACAGUGUGACCGAGAUCGCGAAAGUGCACCGACAUUAUCCGGACGCGCAGCUUCUGCUUCGGAUUCGUUUAUCGCGUGAGCAAAAAUAUGGCUGCUGCCCCCGGGGUGACGCACCGGCCAUCUUAGCUCACGUCAAAGAGAAUGGAAUAGAGCUGACUGGCCUUUACGUGGCCAUUCCGGCACCGAAUCAACAUCAGGUGGAGGCACUCCAGCGAGCACUAGAGCAAGCGAAGGCCCUAUACGAGCAAGCUUGCGGACUCGGUCUCACCGAAAUCCGCGAGCUGGCCGUCGCGGGCGCAGAAACCAUCCCUUCAACGGCACUCGCGAGUGCGAUCACAAACCUCGGACUACCGUCCACUGUCAGCUGCAUCAUCGAAACGGCGCGCCGGUUUGUGGAGAGUGCCGUAACGCUCGUCGCCAGCGUUCAGUCGAAACGGAUCGUCCGUGAUCCCGACCAGCCGGAGCUAAUCCGUGAGAUAAUGUACUUCAUCAACGAUGGCCGGUAUGGGUCGUUCGAGUGGUGGAAACCAGUGGCCAAGGAGCCCACCGUCUACCGUAUGAAUGGUGCACGACGGCCACUGCCAGCCCAAGUGUGGCCUUCCUCGGUGUGGGGUCCAACCUGUGAUUCGGCGGACGUAGUGUUCGAGCAAGUCCAUCUGCCCGAGCUCGACAUUGGAGACUUUCUGGUGUUUGCCGAUGUCGGUGCGUACGGUGGAACGCUUGCUUCCCAGUUUAACGGCUUUCCACUGCCACGGAUGAUCGCGUGCGCCCACAGUAGCUCGACCAGGGCUCUCCUUGGUAUCGACGCUAACCCAUAGCAUCCACUAGGAACCGUGUGGCCAGUGUCUUGGAGGAGUUAAAUAAACAUAUUUUAUUAUUAGAAAUACUAAAAUUACAAACAAAA